AUGUUACCUAUUGUUGUCAUCCUAACUUCUUUUGUUACUGUUAGUUUUGGACUUCUUUUGUUCUUUCCUUUUUCUUGUUCCCUACAUGAGCAAGGAAAACUACUGCAACCCCCUUUGCUUCCAAAUUCUUGCAAUGAAACAUGUGGGAAACUCCAUGUUCCUUUUCCAUUCUAUGUUAACACUUCUUGUGUGUCAAUUUCUAGUGCUUUCCACCUCUCUUGCUCAAAUUCCUCUGCCCUUUUGCUCAAAAUUGGCUCAGAAAGUUAUCCAGUGUUGGAAUUCUUCCCAGAUGGUUUGUUAGUGGACUUUCCAGACACAUCAUCAUGUCGCCAGUACAAUGACUUGAAUUCAUUUGGUGAAAGUUUUGAAGGAAAUGACUACUUUGGAGUCUCUUUUGACAAUGUUAUUGGUCUCUAUGAUUGUGAGGAUUCUUCUUUGUGCAAAGCAGAUUGUGAAACCAUUGACCUUCCUGGUUGUGAUGGAAGUGGUGAUGGCUCCCUUGGAUGCUGCUAUCCACUCUCUGACCAUAGCAUAUGGCAUAUUGGAGAAGGCUUUUCAAAAUUUUCUCAGUUUGGAUGCAGGGGAUUUUCUAGUUGGGCUGUUUUGAGAGGGUCAAAUUCAGGAAAACGUGGGGUCAAAUUGGAAUGGGCUAUUCCUAGGAACUCCUCCAAGGAAGUUUGUGCGAGGAGUGCAGACAUGGCUAAUGCUACAUCAAUUGAAGGUGGCGUAAGGUGUGUUUGUCAAGAUGGAUAUGUUGGUGAUGGGUUUGCUAAUGGAACAGGAUGCUUGCAGUCCUGUAUCAAGAAUGGACAGGAAGCAUAUGGAAGUGACUGCUACAUCAAAAGAUAUGAUCAAAGGAAAAUGGUUAUCAUUGCCGGAAUUCUUGGUCCAGUUCUUAUUGUUGCCUCCUUGGUUGCAUUAUUUUAUCUUCUAAGAAAAUCAGAAAAACCAGAAAUGUUUGACACUGAGCAGGUUUAUUAUCACAACAUUUCAUUCCGCAAAGGUUGUAGAACUCGACUAUUCAGCCACCAUGAGCUAGAGGAAGCCACCAAUGGUUUUGGAGAGGGUCAGAAACUUAUGCAUGGAAGUAAUGGGACAAUGUUUGCUGGAGUUCUUGGGGAUGGAUCUCACAUAGCUGUCCACAAGUUAAAAUGUGAGAAUGAGAAAGACAUAGUUCAAGUCCUGUCACAAAUUGAGGUUCUAUCUACUAUUGUACAUAGGAACAUGGCUUGCCUUAUUGGAUGCUGUAUUGACUCUAGUUACACUCCUCUAGUGGUGUACGAGUAUCCUGCAAAUGGUACCCUGGAGGAGCAUUUACACCAAAGCAAGGGACAAAAACUUAGUUUAGAAUGGUAUAAGAGAUUGACUAUUGCUGCAGAAACAGCUAGCAUUGUUGCACUAUUACAUUAUGAGAACUCUCCUCCCAUAUUCCACCAUAAUCUUAAGUCUAGCUGUAUCUUCCUAGAUGAUGAUUUUUCUGUCAAGAUUGCAGGAUUUGGGCUAUUUAGUUCUGAUUUUAAUUAUGAUUCUCACUUGCACAAGAACCGUGAAUGUUUACCCUUCUGCAGAAAUGAUGUCUAUGACAUGGGUGUGGUGCUUCUUGAGAUUAUCUCAGGCUCAAAUCACUUGGACUCACCUACUUUAGCCUUGAAGAAAAUACAGGCUGGAAAGCUAGAAGAAAUUGUUGAUCCUCUUCUUUACUAUCAUGAGCAACCACACUAUCGCCAUGAGCAAAUACAGAUAAUAGCAGACCUUGCAACAAGAUGCAUGCUAUUUGGUGCAGAUGGAAAGCUAGGAAUGAUUGAUGUUGCAAGGGAGUUAGUACACAUGACUAAAGAGAGUCCUGAUGGAGGAAACAUGAGAGGACCUGCACUGGAGGAGACAUUCUCAAAUUCAAGCCUUCUUCAAAUGAUAUCAAUGUCUCCUGAUUCUAUGAAUGUUCCUUGA